GUGAUUUCUUUGAAAUUAGUAGGAAAUUGUAAUAGUACUAGGUAGAAGCGAGUGGAGAUUAAAUUAGAGCAUUUUAUCUAUCCACCUACCAUCAAAGAGGGGCACCGGCAGCGAGCGAGAGAGGAAGAAGAAAUCGAGAGAUAUUGAGGGAAGAAGGCGGCUUUAAUUUCGCGAAAUUCAAUUCAUAGCUUUCAAUUCAUCGCCUUCAAUUUUCCAAUCCAAAAAAUUCCCCUUAAAAUGCUCAAGCUUGAUUUAGCUUGAAAUUCCAAUAUCUGUGUGCGUGAUUUUUACCAAAAGGCGCAUGUAUAUAGUAAUUUCCGCAUAUUCUCUCAUUCCUCCCCAAUUUUUCCGACUUCCAGGUUUCUCUGUCCUCCACCCACUAUCGAAGAUCGUAAUUCUCUUUCGGUCUUCUCUUCUCUUCUCCCUCCACUUUACUCUUCUCUCAAGGUGAAAGUCCCAGUUUAAAAAAUCCACUUUAUUCGAUUUGAAGAGGGAGGGUACUGGUUCGUGGAGGCAAUAGUACUUCUGCGAGCUUAUGUACUCUCGUCUCCAUUUUCCUGCAUAAUCAUUGGCCAAGAUCUCUCCAUUUGAAUGCAAGUGAAUAGCUAAAUUGGUCUAUCUGUUGACUUGGGAAUCUGUUGGAUUGGAUAAUCGAGAAUAAUAAAAAGAUUGGGAAUCUGCUGGGUUGGAUAAUCGAGAAUAAUAAAAAGAUUGGUAGGAGUUUCGCACGAUGGGUGCUGUUUGCUGCUGUUUGAGCGUGGAGGAUUUUGAAGACUAUGUUAAUCCUAAUAGUUCAGUAUAUAGGAAUUGCACCUGUCUUAGUUGCUUCAUUCAGAGCUUCUUAAGUGCAUACACAUUGAUUUUUCGAAGAGGAGAAGUGCAUUCUGUCUCUUCUUCAAUUCAAGGGACAACAUCUAUGAAUUCCACAGCAUCAACAGAUAACUCUUUAUCUGAAAUGUACCGCUCACCUCCAAGGCCAUUGCCUUAUGAUGCCGACCCCAGAUAUAUCCGUUUGCAGCGGGAUGGAUUAAUUUCUAGGCGAGAGAAGGGGUCAAGCCAUUUACAUGAAGAGUCAGAACCUUUAAGAAGUGAUGUGGAUACAGAUUCAGAUUCGUUGGGCUCAGCAGGCAAAUGGAACGGGUCUGCUUGUCUUGAGGAAUCUAAAGAAAAUCUUGGCAAAUCAUCUCUAAAGUUCCCUUCAACUAAAUCUACGACUGGACUUGGAUAUGCUUAUACAUCCUCUGAAGAUGAGGAUGUCUGUCCAACGUGUCUUGAAGAAUAUACUUCGGAGAAUCCCAAGAUAGUGACAAAAUGCUCUCAUCAUUUUCACCUUGGAUGUAUCUAUGAGUGGAUGGAGAGAAGUGAUAACUGUCCAGUUUGUGGCAAGGUAAUGGCAUUCGAUGAAACGACUUGAUGUGCAUGUCGCGGACGAAGCCAGCAGCAGCACCUUGUGCAUAACCAACAGGAACAUGGUCAUUUGUGAAUAUUGCAGGAUAAGAGUUUUCAACCAUAGUAAAUAUUAUGAAUGAAAGUAUAACCAAGGUUGGAUUCAUCUGAUUCCUCUCCCUCUCUAUUUCUCUCUUUAUUUUCCUCAUUUUCAAAGAUUAUUUCUAAAUUAUACAGCUGAAACUGAUGUUUCACCAAAAUAUCAUCUUAUAGGGGAAGAAAAAUAGAUGUUGUGAAUGAUUGAGAAACCUUUCCAUUCCAUGUUUGGUGUAUCUACCUGUUUUCUUUCUUUC